GCAAUCCCGACUGUUUCGCUGCAGAAGCUUGUUGCUUGCAUGCUUCAGCGUCUGUCCUCCACCACCUCGGGGCCGAGCUGCGCCGCUCCGGCCCUGGGUGGACGGAGAGGUCGGCGCCUCAGCUCGGAAUCAGCAGACGGGUCAAGUCCCGGGUGGGAUUCGAAUUGGCUUUUGCAAGACUCUCCCAGCGACUCCCGGGCCGGCACACGCCCCUGACACCCUGGCUGUUCCUCUCUGGGCUGCCUGGCUGCCUGGCUGCCUGGGCCCUGGGUACUCAAGCCCUCAGAAUAUGCCACUUGGCCCACUCGUGCCACCCGCACAAUAUGUGUCACCGGACAUAAGAGAGAGCUCACUCGUCGGGGCACUCCGUGCAGGCGGCCGCAGCUGCGCGCCCGCCAUGAUUGGCCGCGCACACUGUUGCACGCUCACGCACUGCUGAAUAACCUGGUUACCUCUUUUGUCCUGGUCGCUGUCCCAAUGCGGAAUAACCACCAUGGGACCCAGGAAGGAGGUGACACCUCGUCGAACCUCGACCCAGCUUCACCACUCCCUCAUGCAUGGAGACGCUCCCUCUUCCGCCUGUGACGGGCGCAAAUUCUGCUUCGCUGCAAGGAUGUCGUCGCCACGGAGUGCCCAGGUCUUAUUCAGCUUGCUGGAGCACCAAUGCCGGGCGGGCGCCGAGGGUCGAGGGCGGCGUAUAUGAAUGAGCAUGGCGGUCUGGCCGUCGCGCAUCGUCCUGCCUGGAGCAGACCACGAUACUCCUCUUCCCGCCGGCCCUGAAUACCAUCCUCGCUCCUCAGUCAGACAGCUUGUGAACAAUGGAGGCGCAGUCUGAAGAUCGUCCGUCAUUCACGUCCUUCUGGAGGAAAACAAAGGACGAGUCGACAGCCCGAGAGCUCACUUUCGUCCAGAGCGACCCCAGCCAGUCGAGUGGUAAAGCACCCGUGCAGGCCCACGAACCGGGGCAGGCCUCAAAGGACAAGCGGAGAAUCCAGGUUCGAAAGGCACAGGUAGCACACCGCCAGCGCAAGGCAAAGUACGUGGAGCAGCUCGAGGCGGACAUCGCUGGCAUCCGAGACAGCAUCUCCCACGCCGAGAGUGCACGACAGGUGCUACGGGACGAGAACGAGGCCAUCCGCGCUCAACUCUCCGCUGCUGCGGCGGCGUCUGCCGCCGCGUCGGCUUACAACCAGGUUCCGGGCCCGGGGAUGCACCUCUCUUAUAUGCCGCCAUAUUUGCAUAGCAAUCUCCAGUACCAAGACCCGGGCCUCGACCCGGGAUUUGGCAUGGACCACUAUGACACCAUGAACCUGAACAUCGACGGCUCCCUGGACACAUACCCCCCAUACUACGUGAGCGCGCCCUCUUCCUUCGCCAGCUCAGGCGUCGGGUCAUCUCUAGGCUCGCCCCAGUACCUGGCUGGGAGCGGAGGUAGCUCUCCAUAUCCCUGCUUACCGGAUAUGUGAGCCACUGCUCACGCUUGACAUGUCGUUUUGCAACGAUACACAGCAGUUGCAGAUUGGGCUGGUGUCUUGGGACGCAUGAGCUUGCAAGUGUGCCUGCUGCAGGGCCGGGAGAUGAUGGAUGGAGAACAGAGGCGAUUGGGGUAAGGGGGUAUCAAUGAUCUCUCAAGAUACCCGCAAGUUCGUCGACACUGUGGGCUGCAUAGAGACUAAAGGGCACACAAUGUGUUACCCGAGCCACUUCACAGAGGAUGCACAGUCCGUCCUAUGUAGAUAGACUCCAGGUCUGAGACUACUAGCUCAACAGGAAUUGGGGCCGGGGAGAGUCGGGGUUUACAUUGGCCGGUCAUUGUCACAGAUAGGGCACGUUUGGCAUAGCAUCAACAUCCAUGAAUGAUUUAUGAAUUAAUUAAAACAAAUUAUUUUUAUGUCUCCAGGACCAUACUCAAGCCUCCACCCAGUUCACCCACUCACACCGGCAACCACCCGUGCCGCCGUCCACGCCGCCCCAGCUCAGGUCACCGUUGGGCAACCGGGGGUUGACAGCAGGAGCACCGAAGCCAACGUCAUUGGCAAAUAGCGUGGCGUCGGUGGUGUUGACGUGGCGGUCCGGCUCGACGCCGUACGCAAAGGUAGCCUUGAGGUCGACGCUGCCGCCGUGGGUGUCCUCGCCCACGGUGACGGGGUAGGGAAAGGUCCCCGGCAUCGAGGCCAGGUCGUCGACGUCCGCGGCCGGGCGGCCGGAGCCGCCCAUCAGCCUGCUGGCACCGCCCUUCCGGGUCCAGAUCUUGACGAUGAACCGCGUCUGCGUCCACGACACGAGGAACUUGGCCGUGCCCUCGCGCGACCCGCCGUUCGCGUCCGCCGCCACCGGGCCCGAGCUGUCGUUGCCGUCCAUCGACGUCACGUAGAUGGUCUUGUUGAAGUACGAGUAGAAGCCGUAGUGCUCUGUCGGCAGGCCGCGGUCAAAGAGCCGCAGGGGCUGCUGGAAGGGGUACGGCCGCAGCUGCGCGGGCGCGCCCGUGCCGUCGGCGUUGAGGGGCGGCGGGGGCAGGAAGUCGGACAGGCUGCCCGUGCUGUCGGACCCGGAUCCGAUGCCGUUGCCUAUCCCGCGCUUCCCGGCCCCGUCCGACCGGAGCAUGUUCGGCCCAGCCGAGCCGCUCGUGUUGGUGAAGAAGCUGAUGUAGAAGGGCGUGGGCUCGCCCGCUUUCUCGUCCGAGACGAUCCCGUCCGUCGUGUUGCCCAGGAACCACAUCUCCUGGAACGACGGCGGGUCGGGGUUGGGCGCGAUGCCGGUGUCAUAUAGGUUGAUGGCACGCUUUCCUGGGGACGAGCUGGGGUUGCUCAGGUCGCCGCCCUGGAUGUUGUUGGUGGCGCUUGCGCUUGCGCUUGCGCUGGUGGAUGAUGAGGCCGUAUUGGAAGCACUCGCCUUGGAAGAGGUAGAUGCUUGGGGUCGGGUUGGUGUUGGGGGAGUGCCGUUGGGCAUGUUCCACAGCUGGCGGGUGUUGUUGUCAUACUGGAUCUGGAAGAUGAAUCCAGGCUGGUCGGCAUCAGAAGGCUCGUUCGCUGCCUGCUGCUCAGGAGGCAGCGAGCAGCUCCAGAGUGUCGACGGCGCGGCGCAGCCGUUGACGACCUGCGAGUUGUCCGGGGCUACGAUGGUCGACAGGCCGGUAGGCAUAGGUGGGAAGUCGGUCAGGUUGAGCCAGGUGUUUUGGAUCUCAGAGCCGCCUGUAGAGCCGCCUGUGGAGCCGCUUGUGGUGGGUGUAGUGUCACCACCGGGUCCGCGCGCCAUCCUGCGUGAGAGCACAACACCCAGGACAACACCGAGGGUGGUCAGCAACAGGAACGCGAGGCAGAUCGCGCCGAUCCAGACCCUCCUGCGCUGGCGGCCCUCCCGACCCGAGCGGCCGUAACACCCGCUCUCGGGGACGCAUCCGCGGCCCCUCCAGAACCCCCCGGCCUUGUGGGCGACGUAGUCUUCCUUCUCGUGCCUGCGCCUGGUCCGCUCGAUCUUUGCGGCGGGGUCAUUUCCAUAGUUUGCGAGGAAGUGGUCUCCAGUCACAUAAGUGCCUGGUUUUCUUUCUGGCAGCGGAGUGCUUGUGCCAAGCGCCGGAGUCAGGGGUACAUCAGACAUUUUGAUGGCUCCCUGUGAGGUCAUCGUCCCGUCCAGACCGGGGCUGCCCGGCUGCGGAGAAGGCGGGUAGGUGUUGGAUAGUUCGUGUCCUGGAGGGAAGACGGCGCGGAAUCGAACGGGCUUGGGCUGCUUGGUGGAGGGUGUUCGCUCGUACGGUGGUGGCAUUUCCGUCGGGGCGUCAUGGCCCUCCUCAUCCUCCAUCAUGGCUCUCGCCUUUUCGGGUCGAGACUCGCCCUCGUGACCUGGCGCUUGGGUGGACGCGCCGGAAGAUGAAGAAGACGCUAUCGUCGGUGUUGGAACGCGGAUGAUGGGGACGGGCGAUGGGUGUGGCCGCAGUGUCGCAGAAGAUGCCGAAGCGGCGCUGUAGGCUGGAUGGUUUUCAAUAUGAGCGGCGCCGAUCGACUUCUUCUCAUCUUGUCCUUUCCACCACUCAUCUGCAGCCGGACUCGGGGCCUCCUUGUCAGACUUUGAUGUUGGGCUGAAGCGUUCGCGGAAAGGAGUGGUGAGGUGGUCCCACCAGCCAGACCGGGCGCUCGUCGCCGUCAUUGCUCCCGGUGAGAGCUUUGAGGUCGCGGAGGCUGGGGUCUUGUGUCCAUCCUCCUCGAACAAGGUGAUCGGGGUGGAAUCGGAGUCAUCGUCAAAGUCACUCCUCGACAGCCUGGCCCUGGCUGGAUUUUUCAGGGACGUCGGCAAUGCUGGCACAGGUGGCACGCCGGGCUGCCCGGGCGUGGCGCUCGUGACCUGUGGUGAUGGACCUGACGUAUAGCGAAGAUGGCGCGCCGGGGAGAAGCUAUCCUCUGUGUCGGGGGACCAGGCAGAUUUGGGCUGCUGGUUCUGGAAGGGAUUCGUCGAAGGCUUGCUGAAAGGCAGUCUGUCAAAAGGAGUGGCGACGACGGCAGUCUGGGGGCUGAUGUCCUUGCCGGCAGCGUCAUCCUCGGGCAAGGAUAUACCAAUGACUAUCUUGCUGCUGUCAGGGGUGGUAUCGCCUUGAAAGGUCGAGACUGAAGCAGUUGAUGGGCUGUUCUUGAGCCAGGCCCAGUUCCCAACCGAGCCGGGAUUGGGCGACCCUUCCAGAGCCCUCAAGGCGCUCGCGUCAGAGAACUUGCCUGUGGCCGGAUGACUGGAGUGAGGGCCAGGCGCAGGCUUCACGAGCUGUACGGCGUGUUGAGGCCCCUUUCGGAACCUGGUCAUGUCUGUGACCAGUCUGAUGCCCGCCUUGGCAUUCUGGUCUUUUUGCCGCUUGCGAGACUUGAGUCUCUGGAUUCUCAUGGUCGACUGUCUCGGCUUGGAGGACCGCUGUGCGGUGGAGGUCUGUGUUUUUGACGAAGAGGAAAAGCCUGGUACCGCCAAUGGGGCGGGGAAGUCGUCUGCUCUGGGCGUGGGUGCCUCAUCGUCUGUCCAUUCCUCCCACUCAUCCCGUUGGGUCCCAUUUUGAGGCUGUGUUGCAGCCAUGGCGAUGUGCAUGGCUCUGAGGUCCUCCAUCUCAGGAGUGGUAGGCACUGUGGCAAGUGCGUAUCAAGAUUUGCUCAAGAUUUGCUCAAGAUUUUCUGGGUAAACAAAAGGGGAGAUCUCGUCAAGAGAUCUGAGCCUUGAAGAAUGCAAUUGGGAUAAGAGCAGAUGAAGAGUAUCGUUUCCGUUAAUUCGCAGCCCAAGGAUAGGUAGGGUGCGAUGAGGAUAUAGCAGACAGAGAGAGGUUUCAGGCUUCGUCCAAGGGAAGGAAAAAUACUCGAGAGAUUAAACCAAUUACAUGGGUGGUUGGAGAGGAUGUGUGGGUGGUGUUGGGUGGUGUGAAGAAUAGGAUGGUCGAAGGAGUACAAUGGCAACAGCAACGCGUGUUGGUCAGAACAAUGAGAAGACCAUGGCGCGUGAACCAACGCACAAUGACUUUGGCCAGAAGAACAAAGGCAGAGAACAAAGAAAGAUAAAAAAUGACCAGUUUUCAAGCCAUGUUGAGAUGAGUGAUGAGUGAGUAUCCUCAUGGUGGCACGAGAGUUGGGCGGCGGAGCAGCACUUGAGGGCAGUCAGUCAACUGGUCCACCCUCUCGACCGGUGGGGCUGCGCGACUGCAGGAACCCUCCAGGAAACCCCCGGAUGACAAUGUUUGAGCAUCAAGCAGAUCUGACUGGCCUGACUGGCGCGGACAGGCAUGUGGUGA